AUGUCGGAUUGUGGAGGCUUUUCCAUCACCGAGAUUCUGAACGAACCUACCAAAUCUCCAGAAUCUAUUGUGAAUGACUCUACUGAUAUUGAGAUCCCAUCCCCUAGAACCACAGCUUCUUCACCAUUAACUCCAAGUCAAUCUUCUCCACAACAAAACGAUCAGAAUCCGAUGCCAGGUCUGAAUCCCUUUUUUAUGCAGCAAAUGGCAGCCUUCUACGCAGCUUCACAGAAACAAGGCAACCUUGGAGCUCUGAUGAUGGCAGCACAACAACAGAAGAUGAACGUGGCUGGACCAAGCCAAAUGGGACUGCCGGCCGACUGGUGCAAUGCUGUUAUGCAGAGACAGAUGGCAUUUGGCAAUGGUCAAGGUACGGUUCAGUUUAUACGAUAACUUAUAUUUUUGUGUUUAUACUUUUUAAAACUUUUUAAACUUUUUUUACAUUUUCUACCGUAUAAUGAAUACUAUAAUGAGUUUUUAUAUAAAGUUUUUUAAAAAAUAAUUUAGUUUUAUAAUAACAAGAAAAAUUUGAAAAAACUGAUACGGUAGGCAGCCUUUAAAAGCCGGUUACACCCCUAAUACCCACAGUUCAAAAAGGUAUAGAUUUCAACUCUUAAUUCCCCUUUGUAUUUCUACCGCACAACCACUUAACCUCAGCGUAAGCGGCUUAAUUUAGUUCUAGAGCAAAUCAAAACAUAUCUCGGUGAUGUCUCUUGAAUAAGAAAAUUACAAGAGUCAACAUGAUACAAACUUGAUCAAUCAAGUUCAUCUACUUGAUCAAUUACUUAAAAUUUAAAUUAUUUUGGUUUUUGUUAAAGGACACUUAUGACAUUUCUGACUUAAUUAAAUAGGCUAAUAUAAGGUUGAUUAGUACACUUUAAUAAGAUGUCAUAACCUGUCAUACGGGGUCAACUAACCAAUGUAUAAAAAAUAUAUAAUUUUACGUUUUUUAACUGACAAUUUGACUACGGCAUGACGUAGCUACCUUCAGUAAGUGUGAGAAAGUGAGGAAAUCGAGAGAAAUAGGGGAUGUUUACCGUAUGCUGAUUGGCUCUUUCUCGAGGCAAAAACAAACAAACUUUGAGGUUGAUAGAGGAGUUAAUGAUUGGAAAUCAAAAUUUGGAUUAGGCUUGCUAUUACGGACUUUUUCACAAUUUUAAAACUUUAUUUUGAGCAUAUUUUUAAGUUUUUAAAAAUUUGAUAUUCUAACAUUUUUAGACGAUUUUUACAAGAUAGUGUUUUGUAAAAUACGAGCUUUCCAUUUUUUAGAUAGUUAUUAUUGUUAGGUAAAAAUUGUAAUGUCACUAAUUAUCAAUUUACACUUUGAUUUCAUCACAAAAACAUAUACUCAAUAGGCUAUUACUGUGUCAUACAAAAAGAAAGUUGUUUAAGAAAUCAACACAUUUCAGGAUGGGAUCCUCGACAGAUUGCAUGGAUGCAAAGUAUGACAAACAAAGCAUCACAUAAGCGGAAAGGAGGUCAAAUUCGAUUCACAAAUGAACAAACUGAUGCUUUGGAAGACACCUUCGACAAGAACAAGUACUUGACCAAUCCACAACGACGACAGAUCGCUAAGAAACUACAGCUGAGCGAACGACAGGUAUGAUGAUGUUUGAAAAGUGGCAAUAAAAGCAUUUUGUAAAUGAUAAUGUUAAUACAAAGGGUUUCUUAAUUUAAAAAUGGGCUUUUACAUUUAAUGAUUCUGAAGUUUUACAUUUUUGAAAUUUUACAUUUAGGUGAAAACCUGGUUCCAAAACCGUCGUGCCAAAUGGCGUAGAGUCAGAAAAGACGGUGAUGAUGAUGAAGACCUUGCUCAUGCUUCUCACUCUAACCUCUUUGCUCAAAGAAUCAACCCCACGUUGCCAUCGUUAUCCUCCCCAACUUCAGAUUCUCAAUUUAUGAAAAACUUUGCAAAUUCAAAUAUUUUAAAUCUGGGCGAUCUAGCAGGCCCUGCGGCAUUGAAUUCGUUGGGUCAUGCCAAGUUUAUUGACCUUUUUAAAUCGAAAUGA